GCCUAAAAACCUCCUCGAGCCUUUCAAUAGCGUUGAAACUCUCUUGUUGUAUUAUAUAAUAUUAUUUGAUUAAUAGAAAUUCUUUGAAAAACUAAAAAUGUUGAGCAUGAACGAAACUGCCGGAAAUACCUGUGGAAGAGAUGUAUAUAUUGUCGAUUGUAUUAGAACACCAAUCGGAUUGGGUAGAAAUACAGGAUCUUUGCACGAUAUACAUCCAGUCUCCUUGUUAUCCUAUGUUUUGGAUAGUGUUACCUCUAGAUGUAAUGUAAACAAGGCUGAAGUUGAAGAUGUUAUUUGUGGUAUUGUUACACCUGUCAAGGAACAAGGUGCCAAUCUUCCACGUUUGGCUCUCUUGAAGGCUGGAUAUCCAGUUCAUGUCCCUGGAGUUCAAUUGAAUCGUAUGUGUGGUUCUUCCCAACAAGCUGUUCAUUUCGGAGCUCAAGCUAUUGCCUCUGGAGAUGUUGAUAUGAUUGUUGCUUGUGGUGUUGAAAUGAUGUCUGUUGUUCCUAUGGGAAGUGAUUGUGAUCCAGAAUUAUUCCAAAUUUCUGCCACUCCAAAGGAAUUGAAGUUUGGUAAAUUUCCAUAUAAAUUGUUGCAUCAAGGUGUUAGUGCUGAAUUGAUUGCUGAACAUUACAAGAUUUCAAAGAAGGAAAUUGAUGAAUUCUCUGUUGAAUCACAUCGUAAAGCAUACGAAUCUUCAAAGAAGGGUAUUUAUAAUUCACAAAUUUUGCCAAUUAAGGUUAAGAAGGGAGAAACUGAAACUUGGUUCAAGCAUGACGAAGGUAUUCGUUAUCCAGUUGAUACUGAAAAACUCUCCAAAUUGAAGCCAGUCUUUAAACGUGAUGGUGUUAUCAGUGCUGCUAAUGCUUCUCAAAUUUCUGAUGGUGCUGCUGCUGUCUUGUUGUGUUCUGGUGAAAAGGUUAAACAAUUGGGACUCAAGCCAAGAGCUCGUGUUGUCACUAGAAUUUCAAUUGGUUGUGAUCCAGUCAUGAUGUUGGAUGGUGUCAUUCCAGCAACUAGAAAGGCUUUGGAAAAGUCUGGAUUGUCAAUUGAUGAUAUUGAUGUUUUUGAAAUUAAUGAAGCAUUUGCCAGUGUUGUUUUGGCCUGGAAGAAGACUUUCAAUGUUCCAGAUAGCAAAUUGAAUCCAAAUGGUGGUGCUAUUGCUAUGGGUCACCCUCUUGGUGCUACUGGUGCUAUUUUGAUGACUAAAUUGGUCAAUGAAUUGGAAAGAACUAAUAAGCGUUAUGGUUUGCAAAGUAUGUGUAUUGGUCACGGUGCUGCUGUUGCCACUAUCAUUGAAAACUGCAACUGGAAGAGAGAAAAAUUGUAAAUUAUCAAUAACUAGGUCUAUAAAUUUUGCUUUAUUUAUUU